GCGUCUGUGUAUGUGUGUGUGUGUAUGUGUGUGUGUGUGUGUGUGUGUGUCUGUGUGUGUGUGUGUCUGUGUGUCUGUGUGUGUCUCUGUGUGUGUGUGUGUGUCUCUGUGUGUGCGUCUCUGUGUGUGUGUGUGUGUAUGUGUGUGUGUGUGUCUGUGUGUGUGUGUGUCUCUGUGUGUGUGUGUGUGUGUCUCUGUGUGUGCGUCUCUGUGUGUGUGUGUGUGUCUGUGUGUGUGUAUGUGUCUGUGUGUCUGUGUGUGUGUGUCUCUGUGUGUGUGUGUGUGUGUCUGUGUGUGUGUGUGUCUGUGUGUGUGUCUCUGUGUGUGUCUGUGUGUGUCUGUGUGUGUGUCUGUGUGUGUGUGUGUGUGUGUGUCUCUGUGUGUGUGUCUGUGUGUGUGUGUGUGUGUAUGUGUGUGUGUGUGUCUCUGUGUGUGUGUGUGUGUCUGUGUGUGUCUCUGUGUGUGUCUGUGUGUGUGUAUGUGUGUGUGUGUGUGUCUGUGUGUGUGUCUCUGUGUGUGUCUGUGUGUGUGUGUGUGUGUGUGUGUGUCUCUGUGUGUGUGUCUGUGUGUGUGUGUGUGUGUAUGUGUGUGUGUGUGUCUCUGUGUGUGUGUGUGUGUCUGUGUGUGUCUCUGUGUGUGUCUGUGUGUGUGUAUGUGUGUGUGUGUGUCUCUGUGUGUGUGUGUGUGUGUCUGUGUGUGUGUGUGUCUGUGUGUGUGUCUCUGUGUGUCUGUGUGUGUCUGUGUGUGUGUCUGUGUGUGUGUGUGUGUGUCUCUGUGUGUGUGUCUGUGUGUGUGUGUGUGUGUGUAUGUGUGUGUGUGUGUCUCUGUGUGUGUGUGUGUGUCUGUGUGUGUCUCUGUGUGUGUCUGUGUGUGUGUAUGUGUGUGUGUGUGUGUCUGUGUGUGUGUCUCUGUGUGUGUCUGUGUGUGUGUGUGUGUGUGUGUGUGUGUGUGCGUCUCACUCAGUGUGAAUGUUUUUACAGCCUUAGAUGAAAGAUGAAGAGUGUUGAGUUUAAUUCCAUCCUGUUCUUUAAUUAUUUGCUCAGAAGGAAUAAACAGGUUUAUAUUAAUGCAUGUGUUCUAAUAAGUUAUCGUUUCUAUAGUAACAGCUCAUUCACAGGGGCGUUUACGCUCCACGCAAUCUAAGACAAAUAAUGAACAUUUAAAACCGUGUUUCUGUAGGGAGAUGUUUAUUUUUAAUGUCUAUGGAAGGAGUCUCCAGUGCCAGUGAUUUGCAACUCCACGGUCUGGAGUGUGUUACUCCCUACAUCAUACUAACAACACCGCUUAAUAUUAUUAACAAUUAAAGAUCUAAUAGUCUAAUCUUCACAUUUAUAAACACACACACUUCUGCUGUCACUGUGUUCAUCGUUCAUCGUCACAUAGCGCCCCCUACUGACACACACCUGAUAACAGGCAGGCUUCAUAUUCAUUUCUGCACUUUUUAACUUUAGCCUGAACGAAGUCUCGCGAGAUUUAAGCUGAGGGUCUUUUGGCUCUCGCGAGAAUACCGCUGUGUGUUUCUGUAUCCUAGCAACCGGAGUGCGGGUCAUGGCGGAGGAUAAACACUCGGCAGGAGCUGCAGCGGCGCUGAACAGGAGGAUCAGCGCCGCCUUCGACGUGUUCGAUCACGAGACUAAUCACACUGUGGACGUCAGAGAGAUUGGCACUAUAAUCCGUUCACUUGGCUGCUUCCCAACAGAGGCGGAGCUACAUGACAUCAUUGCUGAGAUAGAGGAAGAGGAGGCGAGUGGAUUUAUCCGCUUUGAGAAAUUCCUCCCUGUCAUGACCAAAAUAUUAAUGGAAAACAAGUUUCGUCCCAUUCCUGAAGAUUUACUCCUGCAGGCGUUUGAGGUGUUGGACCAGCAGAAGAACGGAUAUCUGGAACCAGAGGAACUCACCAAGUAUCUUACACAGGAAGGAGAGCCGUUCUCUCAGGAGGAAAUGGAUGAAAUGCUCUCGGCUGCGCUCGAUCCUGAUAAACAGCUUGUCUUCUACAGAGAGUUUGUUGGCACGAUGACCCUCGAUGACCCGCGGUAACUGUGGUGACCACGGUCACCACGGAGAUGCCACUUCAUCAUUUACCUGACAACGCGUUUAUAACGCAGUUAUUCAGAAAGAAAGUAAAUGAGCUGUCUGUUGUGCAGCUAGAAUUCAGCUGAAUGUGGUGUUAAUAACAAACACUCACACACACACACACACACACUCUCUCUCUCUCCGCACAUGCAUUAAAAUCCUCUGCAGUUCGGCGCAGUUUAUUAAUCCACACACGUGUUUAUAAUGACACGAACAUCUUCAGCACAUUACUAAACAUAAAGAUGUUUCAAAAAUGAAAAUAAAACACACUUAAGGGAAAAGAACAAUUGUUAGUUUUAAGUGUGAGAAUGUAUGAUGUUAGUUUUAUUAGUAUUAAAGGUGCGGUGUGUAAUAUUUAAA